AGAAAGCAUUGCCAAGGCAGCUGCUAUGUGCUGAACAUUAUGGAAGAGGCCUCCAAGCCAGAUAUUAGAAAUUCAGAACAUCCUAUAUAUUUGAAUUGGCCACGCACCGCCCCUGAUUGAACAAAAAAGUCCAAUGGAUUCCAAUCUGUUAUUUCAAUUGACUGCGUCGACGAUAGCAUCAGUUUGCUGCGGAUCAAGUCUUGCCCUCUGGCUCAUUUCGAUCAAGGCUUUGAGCUGGCAAAGACUAAAGAAUGAACCGCUCAUCACCGCUCAAGCUACCAUAGGUGCUCUCGUCUUCUUGGGAUCAAUCCUCUCCGUUCUACUAUCAAUCCUGAGAGCAAACCUAAAGACCAAUUUGCCAUGGCUAAUACUGCAGCUGGAAAUCAGCUGCGUGCUUGUUUUGGUCAUUGUAAACGAGUAUCUAUGUGUUUCUACUCUACAGCACUGGACAUCCCAUAUGAUAUCUGCCUUUUCAUGCUUGGGUGCGGUUAUCAUUCUAUCACUUUCCGUCUCUUUUCCGCGCAGCAUUUUGCUUUCCUCUUUUAUCAUCAUCGCUUUUAUUGGCCUCAGCCUCAUUCAUGCCCAAAUUAUCAGGGCGUGGGUCAUAUGCAUUAGGCCGUGGCAUAUGGAUACAAGUGCAUUCAAGUCAUUUUGGCACUAUCCGUGCCCGGAUGCUACCAGGCACCAACGAGCCUUGUGGAUGGCGUCCAUUGGCUCUGUAGGAUUAUUUACUAUUUUAUUAGGCCUGGUGAUACUUGCCUGCGUACAAACCAACCUGCAGACACAAAUUGUGACGAUUCAAAUCGCCAUAACAAGCCUACGAAAGGUGGCCAUUUCAUCUUGCCUUCUUCAGACUCCUCACAACAACUUGGGUGUUUUACUUUCGCACGAACACGCUUAACUAUAAGAACAUAUAAACGCACAAAAAAUUGAGGUUGUGAAAUACUCAUGACUAGGAGCUGUGCAUCCUGGGGGCUGUAUGGAUAUCAGCUUCACUUCGGACCUAGCAUUCACUAGCUGAUAUGUGUAGCGCCCAGAGACGAAAAGGCUCGAUUGCAGAGGUAGACUUAAGGCUUCGAAACAUAGUGCACUGGCUUCUCCCUUGGGGAGGAAAACGAUGCUGCUGUGGGCUAGUUCAUCCCAGCGAUUCUUCUCCUGUGAGACUGCCGU